AUGUCCGAAGUCGAGAAUUUUGAUUUCAGCGAUAUUUCGCUUGAGUUCUUCGAUCCAUUCUUAGGUAGAACCUUUGAUCAUUUCGCCUUUCCAGUACUCGAGGAUGUUCCCGAGCAGCUCCAGCCACCAGUACCAAGUUUGCCUCAAAGCAAACCCUCAGGCUACCAAAGCAAUCCUUCAGAUAGGGGAGAAGAAAUUCCAACGCUAUCGCAAGGACAUACAAUAAGCCAAGGCGCACUCAGGCCUCGACGAAGGUGGUCACCACGGAUACUCAAGUCAACGACGGCGAAGAACCACAAAGUCGUUUUCACAGAAGAGAUGAGAGCUCACUGCUUGGCUGAUAUAGAGUUACAUCUCACCAAAGCCCAGCUUGGGGACUUUCAAUUACCACCCGUUGCAUCCUUGCAGCAAUACUUCAAUUCCUACGUGGAUGCCUUCCACAUACACUUUCCCUUCCUGCACCUGCAGACUCUGGAAUUAGAGAAGGUUCCUAGUCCACUAGUCCUAGGAAUAUGCGCCAUAGGUGCCCUCCACAGACUUCAGAGAAAGAUGGCCUCGUCGCUCUAUCUUACAGCCGAACGCGUCCUCGCGAGCAUAGACUUUGAGCGACUCCAGGCUAUCCCAGAAUUAUUGGAUGACUGGGCGAGACCUCGAGACUCACCACCACCAGACCAGGGGCCGCUGGUACUGGCCCAGACGCGGUUCAUUCUCGUCUUCUUCGCAUCUUUCAGCAGUGAGCCGCGGUUGAUACGUCAGGCUCUCGUCGGCUGUGGCCAUCUAUCAGCAGAUUUUCGGUCAAGAAUGGCCCGCGCAAAGCCUGGUUCAAUGAAGUUGAACCUCUCUCAGUGGCAUUCUUGGAUCGAACAUGAGUCGAUAAAGCGUCUCAUGUGCUGCUGUAUGGUUCUCGGUAAUCUCCUCGUCAUAGCCUACGGUAUCGUGCCAGGCUUCGCAGCGCUAGAGGAGUGCAACAUUGAAAUGCCCGCUGAAGAUGAGCUAUGGGAUGCCACGAGUGCUUCUGAAUGGAGGUCGUCUCUGCAGAGACGACUGCCUUCUUCGCCAAUAGGUCUUCGUCAAGCAACAGCUUGGAUAUUUGGUAACAGCGCACAGGAAGAAAGACUAGAUGCAAGCUGGACUUGGUCGCCGUUCGCAGCAUCAAUAGUAAUGCACCAAGUUGCCAUCGUCGUUUGGUUCUUCGCCCACGGGAAAGAGGCCUGCUACGGAACGACGCAAAGCUAUCGAGAAAGCCACCAGUCUGACGCCAAGAGGAUAGAGUCUGCUCUAUCGAGGUGCAGAGAUCUGCUAACCGAGACACGCGAUGGCAACGACGGCACGUGGACUGAAGCUGACGGUCCAUUGUUGUUUAACGCAUUUGCCGUUUUGCGUGUUUCGUACGGCCGAGCGUUCAUCAACUUCCAAUCGUUAGAUCGCUCGCUACUCUUUCAAGAGAGUAGCCAGGGUAUGCUAAUCAUCUUGCAACGCUACUUUGACGCUGCUCAAGAGCGGGAUGGGUACAUGACCAUGGCUGUCGACUGUGCUCUGGAAGGCUUUGCGAUACCCAUUCGAGCGGGAGUCUUGCUCAUGCAAAAGACGGCGGCGUUGAAGUGGAGUGUUGAACAUGCUUUGGCUGGAUGGGAUGCCGCCCUUCUAGUGACGAAGUGGGUUCAUACGGUCGAAUGUCUGCAGUCUACGGGUGGAAAGACCACGCCAGAAGAAAUAAAGGUCCUCGAUAACGUUCGGUAUCUUCUCGGCCAAAUUGACGUUGAUCGCUCUCCAUCUUGUUCUCUCGCUGCCGAUCUUGCUCGUGUUUGGGCUGGACUCUACGACGAUACUUGGGUUUGGGGUGUCGCACCACGUAUGAGCUGGGUUCUCCGCGAGCUUGCCAAGUUGUAUGAGCAGGAGGCUUCAGAUACAGAGAGGCAGCACCCGACCUAA